GAUCGCAACGCGUCCUGCGGCCAAGAUGGCUGCAGCAAGCUCUGGAUCACCAGUGGCGUAGAGAGUAGGUUCAUGGCAGACAUCGAGGAUUUCACGGUCCUGGUGGCUCAUGCCCUUCAGAGCGAGGAGCUUGAAAUCAAAAAGACCAGCCGCGAGAUGCCGGGCUGGCUCCUGGUGAACGGGAGCAGUGAGCUCCAGCACCAGCUGUGUCGCAGCACGAACACGUCGAUGACGGAGCCCAUCUAUGGCUCCCGGACGGACAAGGCGCCUUGCUACAUCAAGCCGAACAACACGGCAAAGGACGGCCUGGACUUCUUCAAUGUGCGCACCUUGAUGAUG